AUACCUCGCCUUUAUUUUGAAGACAACACUGGCAAUACUUCCGGUAUUGUGCUGGCUACGCGUGGCUAACUUGCAGCAGCUGUGGCCAGUCCAUAUUGUCCAAUCCAGCGCAGCCUGCUUCCCGAUGGUACCCGCUCAGAUGCUCUUCUCUCGGGCUUGCGGCACCUAGCGGUAGACGUAGUAACUCGCACCCUGAACAUAGCAUCCUCAGCUGUCACUUUUAUCACAUGAAAAACGCCUGGUCCUGUUUGUGUAUGCAUAUGGAGCCUACGCAUCGUUAUGCGUUCUUGACAUAAACAGGGAUACAUAUUUGAAUAUCUUGCCAAAGAGCAAUGAGUCGUUGCUGGCGAUUAUUUGUAAAAUCACAUUCAGCUGUGUUUGCUGUCUUGAACACACCCCGCUGAGUACCCCGAUAUUGUUCAAGGGGAAUAAUGGCUGCACAGGAGCCGUCUCCACCAUCUUCCCUGGAAGGCAACAAACCUGGCUUCCCAAAGAAAAUUCUGGCCAACAACCUCGAAGACAAGCAUCUGUGCAAUUCGUGCCAGAAAAUCCUGAGAAGGCCGCUGCAAGCUCAGUGUGGUCACCGCUUUUGUUCGUUCUGUUUCAACAAAAUUGUGAGCUCUGGACCACAGAAAUGCAGCGCUUGCAUCAAAGAAGACUUGUUCGAGGAACCCACCUCCAUUCUCAAGCAAGGUGGUAAUGACCAUAUGUGCUGGAGAAAUCGGAGCCAGGAGAGAAAAGCUUUUCCUGACAAUGCAGCUCGGAGAGAAGUGGAGGCCUUGGCAGCUGUCUGUCCCAACGAAGGAUGCACGUGGACAGGAACUAUCAAAGAAUUCGAGGCCAGCCACGAGGGGAACUGUGACUUCAUGAUCAUCCUGUGUCCUUCCUGUAAAGAGCUGAUGAGAGCCAACGAACAAGAGCGCCACAACGAGAGGGAGUGUCCAGAGAGGACGCUCAACUGCAAGUACUGCAAAGAACCCUUCCUGUUAAAGAACAUCAAGGCUCAUGAUGAAAUCUGUCCAAAGUACCCGAUGAUUUGUGAAGGCUGUGCAAAGAAAAAGAUUCCCAGAGAAAAGUAUGUGGACCAUAUUAAGUUCUGCAGUAAAUUUAAAGCACCAUGCAGAUUUCAUGUUGUUGGCUGCGAUACGUCUGUGGAGAAAGAGAAGAUCCAUGACCAUGAGCGACAGUGUUCAUUUGAACACCUCAACCUUCUUCUGCAUUUCAUCAUGGGCAUCAAGGUGAGCCUGGAGAGCCUGCAGCCCCAGAGCCUGGAGGUGGCCAGCCACAAGUUACAGGAGCUCCACCAGUCCCUCAGGGAUCUGGAGCUGAAGAUGAGCCAGGUGGGUGGGGGUGGUGCAGCUCCCGUGCAGGGUGCAUGUGCUCCGACCCUGGCCACCUCCUUCACUCCGCUGCCGAGCGCUAUCGGUGCCGCCCUGGAGCUGCAACUCCAGAGUGAAAAGACCAAGGUGGCUGAACUGAGCCGGCGCUGCCAGGAGCUGGAGCUCAAAGUGAGCACAUUCGAGAACAUUGUGUGCGUCCUCAACAGAGAGAUGGAGCGCUCCUGCACCACCAUGGAGGCCUACAACCGUCAACACCGACUGGACCAAGACAAGAUUGAGAUCCUUAACAACAAGGUUCGUCAGCUCGAGAGGACGGUGAGUCUGAGGGACCUGUCCAUCGUGGAGAUGGAUGGGAAAAUGAGGGAGAUGUCUGCAGCCACGUACGAUGGCAUCUUUGUCUGGAAGAUCUCAGACUUCACCAAGAAGAGGCAGGAUGCUGUGGCUGGCCGUGCUCCUGCUAUGUUCUCUCCUGCCUUCUAUACUAGUAAAUACGGCUACAAGAUGUGCCUAAGGAUCUACCUGAAUGGUGACGGAACGGGUCGUGGCACCCACUUGUCUCUGUUUUUUGUGGUGAUGAGAGGACACAGCGACGCACUCCUCAAGUGGCCUUUCAAUCAGAAGGUCACCCUAAUGCUGCUCGACCAGAACAACAGGGAGCACAUUAUCGAUGCCUUCCGGCCGGACAUCUCCUCCUCGUCCUUUCAGAGGCCUGUCAGCGAUAUGAACAUCGCCAGCGGCUGCCCGCUCUUCUGUCCACUCUCCAAGCUGGACUCUAAAAACUCCUACAUACGCGACGACACCAUCUUCAUCAAGGCCAUUGUAGACCUCACUGGGCUCUAGGCAAACGAUGAGGGCAUAAAUCCAACCUUGCCUUUUGUUGCUACUAAGCUGUUUGAAUCAUCAGGCUUUUGUAUCACCACUAACUGGCAUUUCUCGUUGGGGUCUGUCUAGUUCUUUUGGUUUUGGUACGGAUUGUUGGCAGCAAUAUGCAAGACCAGAGCAGGAAACACAUUUUUAUUUAUUUUAUUUUUUUGUCCACAGCGGCUGGUGGUUUUCAAGACAUCUUUAGCCACUGUAACUAUUUUACCAAUCAAACUGAGUUUGUAUUUGACAAAAACACACUGAUUACCUACCAAAGUGACCGGAGGAGUGAAACACAUUAUAUGUGCCAGUAUUUGGCUGGUGACCGGUGUUAAUUUUCCACCCUGCAGAAGACCCUCAAACAGCAUUUGAACUGACAGACGCAUUCCAAGACAGAGGUAGAAUAUUACGCUUGUGAAAUAAGUAGACAACUAAGAUGACAACGUCUGUAAUCUCCAGUGAUCAUCCUAUGGCUUCUUGUACCGUAGAUGAGGCUCAUCAUGUUCAGUUUUACACCCAAAAAUUGAUUUUUUGGAUUUUUAUUUUUUAUUUCAUUUCCAUUCACCUUCAAACAUUGUUUCCUGCUGCAGUGUAAAUAAAGUCCUCAAAUCAGUUACUGCUGCUUAUCACGUCUCAAAACACAAUUUCAAGAUUUUUUUUUUAAGAAUGAAAAACUGAAAAUAAUGAGCCUUAGACCAGUGACAGCGUAGCUAUGUAGAUUAAACAGCCUCCAAACGCAGCGAUAGAUCGAGCAGGUAUAGAUGCUUGUGCUCACUGCGUGUACUGCUUAACAUUUGGUUAACUAAUACUUCGUUUUUUUUUUUUUUUUGCACUUACAAAAGUGGAGUUCCAAUAACAGUGUGACCCAUGUAGCCUUCAGAGUAUCGCUUAGCUUUGCACACGGUUUGUAGUGCAGUUGGACUUUUCAACUCGUUUACUGUUUCUUAAACAUCUAUGCCUCCGACUCUCAAGUUCUGUGUUCAAUGGUAAUCAUUUGUGGUGGUGGACAUUGCUUGAAUUCCAUGAAUUCUGAGUGCAGUAUCUCAGUUGUGAAUGUUGUCACGUGUGCGUACUGUUCAUUUCUUUGCCGUUAGUUGCGUGUGUUAGUUUGCAUGUUGGAUCUGUGGAAGAUGCACCGUAUAGCUUGCAACAGUUUCUGGGCUGUUUGUCCUGGAAACCGAUGGAAGUCAAGCUGAUUUUCCCAAAUGGAAAUAUGACAUAUUUUAGUAAAAAAAACAACAACGUGUAUUUGCAUACAAGUUCUGAUAGAUACAAUAAAUAUCUUUUGAUAUUCAACUUUUGGCUUUUAUUCAAUAUUUGUUGCAUAUUACAAUUUUGUUGACCAUUCUACCAACGAUGUGUUUAUUCUAUUUUUGCAGUUUAUAAUAUUUAAUGACACUCAUAUGUACAAAUAUUGAAAUAGCCAAAUUAGAACAUUAAAUAUAUAUGUCCAAUGAUUUUGUACAUAUUUAUCUACAUGAGAGGUAUAUCAAAAAUAUGUCUGCUGGAGUGUCUUCACAAAGUAUUCAUUUCAAACUUAAUGUUUCAUAAUGGCCAGAUUUAAAUAUUUGUCUGUCCCUUUAGUAAGAGUGCAGGCUAUAUGAAUGAGAAUGUGGGAGGGGUGGUUGAUGAUUUUGGUUCCUGAGUCAUUCAGUGUACACAGUGGCGCCUCUGCUGGUCACUUGACACAUUCCCAGAGAUGCUCAGACUGAUUUGUAUCUGGCCAUUGAACACCAUAGAGAUCUGCUAUUUUGCUAUCCUGCAGUCCGUAUGUAGGUGUUGGGUGGAGAUUGAAUGGGCUGUCACAAAGAGCCUGCAACAUCAAUUAUUACAGCCAGUUUUUGCCACGAGUGACUUUUGUUUACAGUUCCCAAUUCCUCAGGGAUCAUGUUGUUGUUAUUGUUCUUGUGACAUGCAGUUAUAUCUAUGAGGCUGAUGAUUACUGCAUGAACCAUGGAUGUGUUUCUAUAACCACAACAACUCAUUUUAUUUAGAGACCUAUGAAAAGACAGUAGGAGGUUUAUCCAUCACUCGGAGUAAGUUACUUCAUCGCCAUGCUGCAUUUUAGCUUUCAUAUUUCCAGUGCAUAAUAAUUGUCUGCUUUGUGCAGAUAUUCUAACUUCACUUACAAAAAGGCAGAAAACUCUGUGGUUCGUGAACACUUUGUGAAGACACUGAGCGAUAUUUCCAUAUGGGUGUAGCCUUUGGCCGUGCUUAGACACACAGACAUGUGCAGGCUGGAACUGGGAUGUGAAGGCCUCAGGAUGGAAGCAGAGCUGAGGUAUUAAAAGAGGAAACGGUUGAUGUUAUUGUAAUAUUUUUGGCUUCCCUUGCAGCUUUGAACUGACCUACUUUUUACAGAAAAAGUGCCUGUACCUUUUUUUCUUUUUUUUUUUUUUUUAUGUUUCUCAAGCCCACUGAGUUGUGGAUGUGCUUUCCAGUGAGUUUAAAACCUACCAAAAUGUGAAACCUUUGAUUUUGUGCAGUGAAUUUUUAAUUUGUAUCAUUUUUCUUUAUUGUUGUCUCUUAUGAAGCCCUGUUUUACUGGACCCUCUGAUGUGAUGAAAACUAAAUGACUAAGAAUGUUUUCCUUUGCAUACAUAAAACUAGUGAAUGUUCCAGCAUUUAUUUCCUUUUAAUCAUACAUUCAGUUAGGUCAGAAUGAUCAUUAAAUUGCAGCUUUGAGCAACUUCAUCCAAACAUAUCCGGCAUGUUUUUAAACCUCUCAGCAAAUACUGAAACCUCUCUGUGCAUGAGAUGCUUCAGUACUCUUUAGUUAAUGCAUAAUUAUCAAACACUGGUUCAUGUCAUAGACCAGCAUUUUAUUUUUUUUUAAUUUAUUUUAUGAUCAAUAUAUACAUGAGCGCGUGGUGCAGACUUUGAUGUGCUUGAGUUUGAUGAGGUGUGUGCUGCUGUGAGGAAGUUAAACAUAUCUAAAUAAUAUAUAUAGACUGUAUCUAUUGAAGAAAAGAACAAAAGUUAUACUGUAUGUUGAGACCGUUUAAAAGCAUGUUUUGAUUUGUUUGGCUAAUUGUGAAAAGAUGUGUUUUUUUAUUUUAUUUUAUUUUUUUAGCAGAACUUGUUUCCUCGUUACAGAAACAUGUUCUCUUUUUUUCCCCUCUCUUUAGAAUAUGUUGUUAUUGUUGCACAUUAUGUAGAAUACAUUUUUGCAUGUAUGACUGUGGCCUCAAAUAAAUUAGCUGCUGCAUUUGUUCGGCCCUAUGUGCUGAUUGGUGUUGGUAGACGCAGCCUAGCAGCCCUGUGUGGAUGUUUAUCUCUGAUCUUUCUUGUAAAAAAUGUGUUACCUGAUGCUGGCUGGGACUUCAGAAUUAUUCAUAGGUGUUUGAACUUAACAAAAGGGCUUCACAUUUCAUUUCCAUCUGUUAAAUGUCACAUAAAGGCAUACAUACACAUUUGUCUAUUUUUCCCACCGGCUGUAGCUCGAUCUGUUGAAUGGAUCUGACAGAACCUUCUCUAGACUCCAGCUGGGGAAUGAUAUCAUAUUUUAGCCGGUUGAUGUUAUGCUGUAUCAGCGAUAUUGAUUUGUAGGAAAUGCCACACUGCCUCACUGUUAUUGCAACAGAAUAAACAAUAUGUCAAUGUGAUGUAUGUAUUUCAAAUAACACUUCAGAACUGUCAAACUGAAACAGGUCAGUUGAUGUUUAUUAACAUAUCUAUUUCUCUGUUUAUGGAUCUCUCUAAAGCCCGUGUUGAGAUUAAGAUGAAGAGCUUUCAUCUGUAGCAAUGACAUCAAACUGCAAUCUACUUGUUGUUUUCUCUGCUACAUUGUGUGGAUAGUGACUUGUGUGUUAGUAAACUCUUU